AUGUCUACCAAGAAAGACUACGCAUCACUCUCAGUUGCAGCACACAAGGAAUGGCGCGGCAAGAUCGAGACCGUCGUUCGCUGCCAAGUUGAAGACAAAGAAGAUCUCUCCGUCGCAUACUCACCAGGCGUUGCACAGCCAUGCCUCGAGAUCCAGAAGAACGUUAACCUCUCAUACAACCUCACACGCCGCUGGAACACAGUUGCUGUCAUUACCGAUGGUACCGCAGUUCUCGGCUUAGGCGACAUCGGACCAGAAGCCGGCAUGCCAGUCAUGGAAGGCAAGGCUUUACUCUUCAAGCGUUUCGGUGAUGUCGAUGCCAUCCCACUCUGCGUCCGCUCCAAGAACGUCGACGACAUUGUCCAAGUUGUCUCACUCCUCGCAGGCUCCUUCGGUGGUGUCAACCUCGAAGACAUCUCAGCACCACGCUGCUUCGAAAUCGAGAAGCGUCUCCAAGAGAUCUGCGACAUCCCAAUCUUCCACGAUGACCAGCACGGCACAGCCAUCGUCACACUCGCCGCACUCCUCAACGCACUCAAGCUUGUCGGCAAGAAGAUCGAAGAGAUCAAGGUUGUCACAAGUGGUGCAGGCGCAGCAGGUAUCGCCAUCAUCAAGCUCCUCAUCGCAGUCGGUGUCAAUCCAAAGAAUGUCAUCCUCACAGACAGACAAGGUGCCAUCUACAAAGGCCGCUCCGGCUUGAACGACAUCAAAGUUGAGAUGGCGGAGAUCACAAACUCAGACCUCAAGAAGGGCACACUCGCCGAAGUCAUCAAGGGUGCCGAUGUUUUCAUCGGUGUUUCUGCACCAAAGACACUUACACAGGAGAUGGUCAAGUCAAUGGCCGAAAAGCCAAUUGUCUUCCCAAUGGCAAACCCAAUCCCAGAGAUCAUGCCAGAUGAAGCUAAGGCAGCUGGUGCCGCCGUUGUUGGCACAGGCCGUUCAGACUUCCCUAACCAAAUCAACAACGUUCUCGCAUUCCCAGCUCUCUUCCGUGGUGCACUCGAUGUCCGCGCAUCACGCAUCACAAACGAGAUGAACAUCGCCGCAGCACGCGCAAUUGCUUCACUCGUCUCAGACGAAGAACUCAGUGCAGACUACAUCCUUCCUAACCCAUUCGACAAGCGCAUCAAGGAGACCGUCUCUAAGGCAGUUGCAGAAGCUGCCAUCAAGUCAGGUGUCGCACGCAUCAACCAGUGA